CGCGCACUCACAGCGUCAGUUGCAGUCGAUUGCUCGAUUCGAUUCGAUCUUGUUCUUUUCGAUUGUAGCUUCACGAAAAUUUCGUGCAAGUGAAGAUCUUUUCGCGAACAGAAAAAUAGUGUGUUCGCGUGUCCUUGGUGUAGAACGGAUCGUGUGAUCGACAACAUCGUGUACUUUGCUUUCUGGAUAACGUAAUCUUUUAUUUGGUCCAGGAUGAGUACACCGGUAAAAAAAGUGCCCAUUCACCUGCAGAGCGCGCAAAACAGGCUGCUGAUCAAGAACGGGAAGGUCGUGAACGAUGAUGGCAUCACGGACAACGACGUCUACAUCGAGGACGGUAUCAUCAAACAAAUGGGGCGAAAUCUGAUAAUACCAGGAGGUACGAGAAUCAUCGACGCCCGUGGGAAGUACGUGAUGCCCGGUGGUAUAGAUCCGCACACCCAUUUCGAACUGGAGCUAAUGGGAGCCAAGUCGGUCGACGAUUUCUAUCAGGGGACGAAGGCAGCCGUAGCCGGUGGCACUACUAUGAUCAUCGAUUUCGUCAUUCCUAAGAAGGACGAGUCUCUGUUAGAGGCGUACGAGAGGUAUAGAGAGACUGCCGACAAGAAGGUCUGCUGCGAUUAUUCGCUCCAUGUCGCCGUUACCUCGUGGAGUCCAAAAGUCAAAGAGGAAAUGACUACGUUAGCCAGCUCGCACGGUGUCAGUAGUUUUAAAAUGUUUAUGGCCUACCAUGACUUGUUCAUGCUCCGGGACCCAGAGUUGAUCGAGGCAUUCAAGACGUGCAAGGAACUCGGCGCCGUCGCCAUGGUUCAUGCGGAAAACGGCGAUAUUAUUGCCGAGAACACGAAACGAUUGCUCGAGGCAGGAGUUACAGGGCCGGAGGGUCACGAAAUGUCGCGUCCCGAAGAAGUGGAGGCGGAGGCUGUGUACAGAGCCUCUGUCAUAGCCAGCCAGGUGAAUUGUCCACUGUAUGUAGUGCAUGUGAUGAGUCGUAGUGCCGCAGAGGCGGUGCAGAUCGCUCGUAAGCGUGGCAUUUGCGUCUUCGGCGAGACCUUGGUGGCUACAAUUGGCACAGAUGGUACCAACUACGCUCACAAAUGCUGGAGACACGCUGCGGCAUAUGUUAUGAGUCCACCCUUAAGGCCAGACCCAGAUACACCUGAUGUGAUCCUGAAUAUGUUGGCCACGGAUGAUCUCCAAGUAGUGGGAAGCGACAACUGUACCUUCAACGCAGACCAAAAGGCCUUAGGCAAAGACGACUUCUCGAAGAUCCCGAACGGCGUGAAUGGCGUCGAGGAUAGAAUGUCGGUCCUGUGGGAGAAAGGUGUUCACGCGGGUAUAAUGGACCCUACAAGGUUCGUGGCAGUGACCAGUACCAACGCAGCCAGGAUCUUCAACUUGUACCCGAGAAAGGGAGUAAUCGCUAUUGGGUCAGACGCUGAUAUAGUCGUCUGGGACCCCAACAGGAAGCGUACGAUUUCCGCCCAGACUCACGCUCAGGCCGUUGACUUCAACAUCUUCGAGGGCAUGGAAGUUCACGGAGUACCAGAAUACGUCAUAGUCGAAGGACGAGUCUGCGUAGACGAGUGCGAACUGAAGGUCGUCCACGGUUUUGGAAAGUUCAUCGAAACGCCUUGCAACGCUGAAUACGUAUACGGCAUGAUCGAGGACAGAGAAAAGAGACCACGCGGUGUGGCACGAACCGAAGCAGAGGCGAAGAAGUACGCCGAAGAGGAUGCCGCUAUCGCGAAAGCGAAACAGGAGGCAAGAGCUGCUGCCCUUGCCAAGAGUCAUCAGACGAAUGGCACAUACGAGAGCCCGAAACCGAAAGUCAAGAUGCCUGAUUGUUUGCCGACGUUACCUGAUUCCGCGGUGGUUACGCCAUCGUCGAAAGGUCCACGACUGGAAGGACAGAGAAAUUUACAAGAUUCCACUUUCUCUAUUAGCGAGGACGUAGAAGAAGCAAGAAGAGCUUGCAUCCGCGUGAACAAUCCACCAGGCGGUCGCAGUGCGGGAGGUUUUUGGUAAUUUAUUAUGAACGAAAGAAUCAAGGUCCGCUUUGCAUAUAAUUUUCUUUCGAGAGAAAGGUGAAUUGACUUACCUAACUCUCACCUUCCUCCCAUUCGCGUACACAUUAAUAUCUACAUCUUGUCUCUCGUUUUUCCAUGAGAACGCUAUCAGACAGCUUUCAGGUUCGCUAAUCACUCGCGAAAAUGUUUCCUUGUUUAUCAAUUUAAUAUUCCCAUCGAUCAAGGUCUGUCCCAUCAAAGGAGGAAUCGGGAACCACGGGUCAGUAGAGUGUACGUUCGUAUUCUCACGUGUAUCACACCAUUUUUCGCUUCAUUAUCGCUUCAUUGCCGCUCUCUGUGUACCGUACGCUUCAAUUCUUUGACCUUGGACCGUUCGUUAAGGAUUCUACGCCUGUUCGACGAAUAGUUUCAUUCUGUGCAAUAGUGUUGUAUUUCUUCUCCGAUGAAACGUUUGUGUUUUAACGAUUAAUCGUCGUAUGCGAAUUUACGUUCUGUUUGUACCAUACGUUGUUCCAUUGUUUUAGACGAGUUAACCGAUGUUACAGAAUGGUUUAAGCGUGGGAUGUCCCUCGCGGUUAUGACGCUUUGUAUGUUUGUUUAAGUUUCAGCAAGAUCGUUGCGAAUACGAGACCCGGACGCGAGAGAUAUAUUUCUGUUUCUCAAAAAUGUUUUCAUGUGGAUUUAUAAGAAAGAUGUUUGCAGAACCGCCCCUGGAGUUUGUUUUGUUAUACCUUAUUUUAGAAAUUAUUAUGACGUUAUACUACGCAAGUUUCGUUACACAUUUGUACAUCUUUAAAUUUCUCAAUUUGACAGAACGUUAAAAAGUUUAAACAUUUCCCGCCAAAACUCCAAGGGCAGUGCUGCGUCUCUGACAAAUCUGUUAACGACAAACCAAGGUCAAGCUUACGAGCAAAUUAUAUUUAUUGCAUAAACAUAUUACUCUACUAUUCGAAAUCGUUUGUACACGAUAUCAAGUACCUUACGAAGUAUUUAAUGAUCGUGUUUAUUAACAGAACACGAUUUAAUGGAACACAUUAUUUGCAUCUCGAUAAUAGGUUGUACAUUACAUUGUUGAUCAGUUGAUUGUUGUAAACUUUGGUUUUUAUGUUUCGUAAACGAUCAUUUACAUAACGCCGGUAUAGAAGCGAACCAUCGCCAUCAUCAUCAUCGCCAGUUUCAUCAACGACUUCACGCGAUGACGUAAAUAUUACAUGGUCGGUGUACAUAUUACGUGCGGAAGCCGUUUCGUUCUCAUUUAAUCAAGGCUUCUCUGGCAUGCAACUGUCUCAUGGGUAUAAUAACAUUAUAUCACGUUUUUAUACAUUAGCUGUAAAACCGACACGGGACAUCGUUACUUUAAGUUUAAGUUUAAGAAACAGACCCAUGAUGUUAUGUACGUUUCACGUUGCAUUAUAUGUUACAUAUAUAGAACUUUAUCGCGUUGAAUGCCGUAGAGGUCAUCGGUAAUUACAGUGCAAAUUGAUAAUUAAAAGUUGACUAAAAUUCUUGAGGAUUUUUCAAACUUCACUGCAUUCAACGCGUUAAUAAUAACAGAUAUAUUAUACGUUUUUGACCAUUGUAGAAACAUGGUUCAGUUGUACCGUGUUAAUUGUAAUGAGUUAAUUGUAAAUAUUAAUGUAUCUUAAGUUUAACGAUUCGAGCCAGUCGAACUCUUUGUUUUGCAGAAAAUUAGGGCGUUGAAGUGAUAUACAUGAAUUAAUAUACAGAGGCUCACGAAAUUUAAAUAACAAUAUAAUAAUUACUCGCAAAUUUGAAUUCGUGACUCAAUAUAAGUUCGCUCAUGUUUGUAUAUUUUACAUAAAUAUCUCCGUUAAUUGUCUCAAACGAGUAAUUAUUAUAUUUUUUAUAAUACACAUGACGUGAGCCGAUACGUACCGCUCAAUUACCACAGAAAUUCUGUGAAUCGGAACAAAGUGCUAAUAAACGAAGGAAAAUUAGACAAACUUUUUGGAUCUUUUUGUAUCGGUAGAAUUUUCGCGAUACUAGAAUAGUUCGAUAAAGUGAUCUUCAAAUUCAGUCAAAUUGAAUAACGUUUUAUUUCGGACUUUAAGAUUUCGAAUCGAGUGUUGUUCGACAAGUGUUCGAUUGAAGUAUUGCAAGAUUUAAAAGAAUCGGUUAAAUGACCGAUAGCUUGUACCAAUAUUAACUUACAUUACGCACAAUUCUUAAAUAGACCAAGAUAAGCUGCUAAAACCAUACAUUAGCGGUUAUGGGAAAGAGAACGUUAAUGUGAUGCAUUUAAGAAGAACGCACAUGUUGUUACAAAAUUUCACGCGUAAGAUUACAGAGAAAGAUCAAGCUAUAUUACAUU